AUGUGCGGAAUACUUCUUUCUGAAGAGGGGAAUCCUGUGCGUGAGGAAAUGGCUUUGCUUGUGAGGAACAGAGGAGGAGACCACCAUGGGAUGGUGCAUGUAAACGGUUCUGUGGCAAUCGCCUCGGUGCUUUCAAUAAGAGAGUUUGUUAAACAGCCUGUGAUUGGAGAUGGGUAUGUGCUUCUUUACAACGGAGAGGUCUACAAUGGACAGCCAAGCGACACUCUAUUUAUCAAGAAUGUAGUCGACAGCAUUUUGAACAGUGGAGCAGGUCUCUGUACUGAGAGGAUAGUGGACAGAAUUUACGAAGAAAUCAACAGAUAUGAAAAUGAGAUGGCUGUGAUAUUGAUGAUAGAAGACUACGUGUACUUUUUCAAAGAUGACAUAGGAAGAAGAAGCCUUGGAUAUGGGCUGGACCCAUUCUAUGUUUCUUCUGUAUGGUAUUCCGAGGAGAUAAGUCCGAUGCUAAUAUAUUCGUACAACAGGACGACAAAAGAGUUGAAUGAAUGGCCCAAGAGUAGCAGGAUUGUUAGGAGAUACAUGUCCAUGGGAGGUGUGAUACUAGAGUACCUCAACAACGAAAAGUACAUGAAGAAAUACCAAUACUUAAAAAAGCAUCUGGCACCGGAUUGUGGAGAAGAAGGCAAAGAAGACCUUAAUAACAUCGACGAUGUUAUCAACGAGUUCAGCAAGGCCUUCAAGAGAUCCAUAGAAAGAAGAACCACUAGGGGGAACAUCUGCAUAUUUUUCAGUGGGGGCGUGGACUCAAUGCUUGUGGCGGUAUUCCUGCACUAUUCCACAGACCCUCAUCAAAAGAUAUACUUGAUAAACACAUCGUUUGGGCCAUCGUGGGAUAGAGAUGCAGGGAGAAGAGGAUUCGAAAGCCUUUGCUCGAGAUUCAAGGAAAGAACCUUCAUCUUUGUUCCGAACGACGUCAAGAUGGAGGAGGUUAGAGCAUCUAAGGAGCACAUACGCAAGCUGAUCCACCCGAAGAGCGGACACAUGGACUUCAACAUAGGUGCGACGCUGUUUUUCACAGCAAGAGAGUCAAGAAAGUACAGCAAGAUUGGGUACCUUGGGUCAGGGGCAGACGAGAUGUUCGGAGGGUACCACAGAUACAGGGGAAGCAGGUUUAGAGAAGACAUGCUCUUCGACCUUUUUACCAUCUCGCAUCACAACAUUUGUAGAGACGACAGGGUUAUUUCCGACAAUCAGGUCGAGUGCAGGUUUCCCUUUCUGGAUUCUGAAAUGGUGGAGUAUUCCUUGAGAAUCGGAAGAGACAUCCUUAUGAUGAACGGAGACAAGAAGUUUGUCAUAAGAGAGGUUUUAAGGAGAGAAGGACUCGGGUGCGUGUCGGAAGUUCCAAAGAAGGCAAUGCAGUAUGGAAGCGGGAUAUUCAAAAUGGAAGGAAAAAUAUGA